GCGCGGUCCGGUUUGCGUCGAAACCCAAGGAUAUCUCUUAUCAGACAUGUAACUGUAUGCUGUAUGCCCAACAAAUCACCAGACAGCAAAGAUCGGCCCAUUCUCAGCCGCCGUAGCAAAGACGCAGGGCAACACGCACACACUAUGGACGGAAGCGCACGUUGUUCAUGGGAUCCAUCAAUACCAACUAUCAACCGCUCCGCUCCGCUCCAUCUUACCAGCCGGCCGAGCUAAUUAGUCGUUAGUACAGGGCUCUCUACCGCUCUGCUUCGGCCCUGGACUGAAGCUAGCCUGUGUCGACCGACCACUAGUAGCACGGCGAAUGGUCAACUAGCUUAACCCCUCCACUUUGUCUUCCGAACUGGUCCUCCACCGCCUGUCAGACUACGGCCAUGUAUAAGAAGACGAUUGCUACCCAGAGACAUCUCCCCCCCUCCCUUCCGCCAUUUCCUCAGCCUCGCGCCACCCCUUGGAUUGCCUCGCGCUCUUUCGUCUUCCUCCUCCUCACUCUUCUCCUCCUCCUCCUCCUCUGCUAUCCAUCCUCACUAUCACCCAUAAUGGCUGCCUCUAGGUUCCUCACCUCUACCGCCGCGGCCAUCUUCUACUUGGCCACUGGUGCCAAGGCCGGCCUCGAGCAGAUUGACCAUGUCAUUCUCUUCAUGCAAGAAAACCGCGCCUUUGACCACUACUUUGGCACCAUGGCCGGUGUUCGUGGCUUCGACGAUGCCAACCUCCAGAUGAACGGCGACCGCUCCGUUUACCAACAGCAAAUCACUGCUGCGCAAAGCACCGAGGUCGACUACCUCCAGCCCUGGUACAUCAACUACCUGGGCGGCGACUGGCCCGAGGCCACCCAGUGCAUGUACGCCGGCAGCAACUCGUGGAGCGAGAACCACAAGGCCUACAACAAGGGCAAGAAUGACCGCUGGGUUCUCGACCAAAACGCCUACUCCAUUGGCUUCUACAAGCGCAACGACCUGCCCGUCCACUGGGCUCUCGCAGAGAACUUUGUCAUUGGCGACAUGUAUCAGGAGUCCGUCAUUGCCUCCACCUCGCCCAACAGAGUCACCUGGGCCUCGGGUUCCAUCAACGUUCCCGGUGGUCCCCAGCGCCCCGACCAAGGCGGCAACCCUUACAUUGACAACAACGAGACGCCUGGCUGUGAGGCUGGCGGCAUCAACUGCUACCCGCUCAAGUGGAAGACGGCCCCCGAAUUCUGGGAGGAAGCCGGCGUCUCUUGGAGCGUCUUCCAGGACGCGGACAACUUUGACGAUAACCCUCUUGCCUGGUUCGAGCAGUUCCAAAAGGCCAACAAGAACAGCGCCCUCUACAAGAAGGGUAUGAAGGGCCAGUCUCUGCAGAACUUUUACGACCGCGCCGCCAACGGCACUCUGCCUGCCGUCUCCAUCAUUGUCGGCCCUAUGCAGCUUUCUGAGCACCCUCCCUACUCUCCCCAUGACGGUGCCUGGUUGCAGCGCAAGGUGGCCCAGGCCGUCAUUGACAGCCCCAAGUUCAAGUCGUCGGCCUUGAUUGUGUCUUACGACGAGACGGGCGGUUGGUACGACCACUUGAGCCCCUUCCAUGCCCCCGAAGGCACCGCCGGCGAGUGGCUCAACGACCCUUGGGCUGGCCAGGGCAACACCUUUGCCGGCCCCGGCUUCCGUGUUCCCUUUUACAUUGUCUCGCCCUUUACCCGUCACGGUGGCGUCUACACCGAGCACUCUGACCACAACUCCCAAAUCCUCUUCAUCGAGAAGUGGCUCGCAGCCAAGGGCAAGAAUGUGACUACCUCCGAGAUGGUCCAGUGGCGCCGCCAGAACAUGGGCGACCUUGUUGCUGCCUUUGACUUUAAGAACCCCGAUGCCUCUCCCAUCAAGCUGCCCGAUACCCCCGCUCCUCACAAGAAUGCUGCUGGCAACUACGAUGGCUCCGCCCACUGUGCUGCCACCUACAAGCAGCACCAGCCCCCUGUGCCCUACACCGAGGACCAGGGUGCCAUUGGCGACAUGCGCACCGUCGUCGAGCACGGCUUCAAGCCCAUCCGUGGCCAACUGACCGAGGGUCGCUACUUAACCAUUGAGCACGGCGGUAUUGCCCUUGCGGUCGUUGGUGACUCUCUGGCUAUCCAGCCCGCCACCGAGAAGCACGACGACGAGUCCCAGCGCUGGAUCGUCCACAGCCAGGACAACAACUACGGCAACACCUUUACUCUCCAGAGCGCCCUUGACGACCGUUACGUCUGCAAGGACGGCAAGCUGUGCACUUCCUCCGUCGAUGCCCAAGUCUUCACUAUCCGUUUCACCCCCUCUGAGGGCUACACCAUCCAGGACAAGAGCAGCAAGAAGGUCAUGGCUGCACGCAAGGGCGAGAAGGCCCCCUUCUUUGCCGUCGUGGAAUCCUUUAACUGGAACAUUUUCUCCGUCUCCUACUAAACAGAAACAGGGGGGACAUGUUGGCAGUGCUUUGAGUUGUAACUGUUGAAAAUACGGUUGCUUUUUGUGUUUCAUAAUUGAACCCAGCCAGACACACAUUUUGGUAGUCUGCCAUGUAUAUACAUCAAGUCUAUGUUCUCUUUUUCUUAACAUUAUUUCAUUUCAUUAUUACACGAAUUUAUGAAUCUAUACGUGGUGUCUUUUCUCACCCACCACUAGUAUAGAGCCUAUGACAGGAAUGAAUCAGCCCGAGACAUUCCCCCGCAUACAUUGCCGCAAAGCCGAAC